GUUGGAGUGUUGUGCUGAUCCCAGACACCGCGACAUGGAGUCCAGGUCCAGCCGCUUUGCCGAGCGUUACAAGACGGUGGGGCUGAGCGUCGAGGCGCUGCGGGUGAAGUGCGCCCGCCGCCGCUCGGCCGCGCAGAAGGAGAACCGGCAGCGCACCUUCCGCAGGAGCCGCCGCUUCGAGCCGCUGCUGCCGCCGCCCGCUGAGGAGGCUGGGCCGUCCGCGGAACCAUGUGAGACUUCAGUGUCAGUACAAAGUUCUCGUUUGGCUCUGCUGCGACGUUACAAAGAGGAAAAGGCACUCCGAAAAUUGAAGGAAGAACGCGAGAACCCCAAACGUGUCUUCAGAGUUGGGGUUUAUAAGCCGGAUAUAAUCCCAUUUCGAGAUUUAAAACCCCUGCCACCGAGAGUUCCGCCCAUAUCCAAAGCCAAGACAUCAGUGCCUUCCAGUGACUUAAGAGUGACUAGGUCAAUGACCAAAAAUCAGGAGUUACGUGGGACUCAGCCAGUUGGAGCACCCAGAUUUGCUGCUCCCAAGAGUGGCCCUGUUAAAGCCAUGGCAAUUAAGGCUAAUUCUACGGACAUGCUGGAAUCCAGAACUCAGCAACAAAGGGGGAAUCAAAAGGCUGGGACAAAAGGAACAACUGUUGGAAAGAAAGAAGAUGUCAAAGCUGCAGCUGUUGCACCAUUACAGACAAGGAAGCAACCUGAGCCAAAAGUUCUUGGACCUGUACCAGCUACCAAGCCUCUGCUAAGAAGCAAAACCAAGAAACCAGACAAGAUGCUGGAAAAUUCCAACUCCAAACCGAUUGCUGUAAAGCUAAAGUCAGACCCUUGUGUAGAACCAUAUACGAAGGCUAUUCCUGAAAAAGAGGUUCAGCCACAGACUUCUGAGAUCCUGCCGAAUGAGAAUGAUGGGGACCAACUGCCACUGAAUGCACCAGUAGGUGUUAAAAAGGUGGAGAAGAAAGUCUCCUUUGCCCCUGAGAACUAUGUCUUCGCACCUGGGCCUGGAUUUGAACAAUUCACAUUUACCCCACUCAGCCCACGAAGUGUGAAUAACUUCUUUGCCUCUCAUAGCUGGAGUCCUGCCAAACACCAGUCGAAAAGCAACACUGAUCUUGUUACACAAUUUGCUGUUGAAGAAUCAAAGGGAAAUAUUUGUGAAUCAGAAGUUGAGCCAUCAACUAUGCCUAAAGAACAAACUGAAGAACCUGAUAGGACUGCUUAUGAAGUACACAUAAGUAAGCCACAACAACCUUUUGGAUACUCUUCAAAUGAUGACAGCGGACCAGUCCAUGACGUUGCCUAUUUCAGAGGAGUCGUCGCAUCCGAGACACAAAAUUUGACUCUCCUUUGCCAGCAGUGGGAUGAAUGGGUAAAUUCUGAGGUGGUCCCAGAUGGUGUUAAGGAUCUGCUUCGUUCAGCUGUGGGACAGGCACGCCUCCUAAUGGCUGAACGAUUCAAGCAGUUUAAUGGCCUUGUCAACAACUGCGAGUUCAAGACAAGUGAAAAAGAAGUCACCUGUGCAGAUCUAGAAGGGUUUUGGGACAUGGUCUACUUCCAGGUUGAGGAUGUGAAUAAAAAGUUUGAGCAUUUGAAGAAGAUUCAAGAGAAUAACUGGGAGGAGCCAUCAUUGCCCAAAAGAGUAGUCAAGAAAAAGGCUACCAGGUCAAAACCAGUAGAAGUAAUGAAAGUCAGUGCAGCACCAACUAGCCGUUUAGCAGCUGUGAAGGCAGCUAUGAAGGCCAGAAUGAAACAGGAAACGGCAGACUCCAGCAGUAAAGAAUCUCAGAAUGAUGUCAUUGUGUUUGAUGCAGGAUUCUUCAGAGUGGAGAGUCCUGCAAAAAGCUUUCCUGCGACUCCCAAAACUUGUUGUACAAAUGACUGGGCAUCAAGACAAAGAUCAAAAGCACAAUGCAGCGCUACCAGAUCAAGUUUCUGUCCUUCAACUAUUCCUGCCUCUCCUGCACUGUAUGUGGCAGGCAAUCCAAGCCAACAGACUUGUGACAGCUUUAAUACAGUGACAAAUACAGAAUUGCCUGGAAUGACAAACUUCAUUAGUUCCAUGGCUAGAGAGGGUGCUCCACAGCAGGGUACUUGCUCUGGAGGGAGCAGAGAACAGAUGGAAUUUGAAAAGUACCUCCAGCCCAGGGAAAGUACUCUCAGCAUGCCAGGAGCACUGCAGUCCCCAUUUCAUAAUGAGAAUGAUGCCAAGUCCAGUUGCACCCAAAAGAACUCUGCACAUGGCAUUGAGCUACCAGAAGAAAUGAAAUCUUCAGUGGAUGAUUGUGUGGAAAUGGCAAGUCCAGUGUGUGAGCGAUCUUCAAAUGGUGCCCAGCUAAUUUCACAGGAAGUUUUUCCAUUGACCAAUAAUUCAGGUCUGCUGACCCCCAAUUCCGUUGCAACCACACUUAAAGCUCCUUGUUCAAAUUCUGUGGGUGAUUUGUUGGCUGAAGGAAAUGCUAUCCAUAGAAUGCAGAAUGAAGGAAAUUACAUGAGCCCUUUUGAGACAAUUAGAGAAGACCACCCGGUGCUUCCAUUUCAAGCAGCUCUCCAGGAUUUGAUAUCAUUCAGUCCCAGUGGAACCCCUUAAUGAAGAUUGGAGAACCAGACCUGUUGUUAUUAAAGCCACCAACCAUCAUGAGAUGAUGAAGGACUUGUAAUGGACUUGAAGGCUAUCUUAAAACAUUAUGGAUUCAUUCUAAAUGGACACUGUUGCUGCCUUAAUGUUUGGAGGGGAGCACACUGAAUGCCAAAGCCAUAUUUAGUGCUGAAUGAAUAAUGUCUUUUGAAUGUGAGUCUUGUAAUGACGCUAGGGUUCUCGAUCCAGCACUAGGCUCAACCUAGCUGAUCAGUGGGCCUUUGCUUGCAGGUGCAUUUUCUGCCAUUGGAUAGUAAGAAGUCACUAUGCUGCAGUAUUUAAUUUGUCACUGCUGUGGUUGGUUUGGCAUUCACUUGUCUGACACAAAUUUCUUGAUGUUCUGUGGAUUGUUAAAUUCUUCCAUCUGAAAGGAAAGGAUACAUCCAAAUGUGCUUAAAAGCAAUAUUGGGUUUGUGAUGUUUCCUAAUCUGACAUGUCUUCUAUAUUUCCAGCUCUAAAGACUUGCUGCACAAAGGCCUGCAGCAUCCUAUAGGAAAGAGUGGGGUCUUUGAAGUGCUCAGGUGUAUGCCAUUGUGUCCACGUCAUGGGCACCAUUAGCAGCACUAAAUAGCUUCUGAGAAAUGGGCAGACAAUUGCAUUGAUGGCUUCAUGAGAGGGCAUCUGCUGACUUGAAGUUUUAUUGAUCUGCGAACGUGCAAAUACUACACUUGUUCCCAAAGUUUUGAAGUUGAGUUGUUAAUGGCACCCUAAACUAAAAUGACUACCUCACUAACAUGGGUCUCCACUUAAUUUGCUAAUUUCAACAUUACAGAAGAACAUUUAUUUGGAUUUUUGAUGAAAUGAUGUAAUGUGAAAUUUGUAACUGCAUAACUAUUACCUGUAUUGCUUUGUAUCAUUUUGUUUAAAUAAAUGUUUGCAUGUCUCUAAUUUUGACUAACCA